AUGAGGCUCCUGGUCACCUGGUUUCUCGUGCCAAGGUCUUUUUGUUUCUGUCUGCAGAAAAAGGUGGAUGCCAGUAGCCUCACUGCAGAGUCCAAGCGUUACAUGGAGCGUCUGGUCAAACUGGGGAGAAGGAACGGUCUCCACCUGCCCAAAGAGAAACAAGAGGAGAUCAAGACCAUCAAAAAGAAGCUGAGCAACCUGUGCAUCGAUUUCAACAAGAACCUGAACGAGGACACCACCAGUCUGUCCUUCACCAGAGAGGAGCUGGGCGACCUCCCAGAGGACUUCCUCAGCUCUCUGGAGAAGGAUGGAGAGAAGCUGAAGGUCACCCUCAAGUAUCCUCAUUACUUCCCCACCAUGAAGAAAUGCAACAUCCCAGAAACCCGCAAGAAGCUGGAGGAGGCCUUUAACUCCCGCUGCAAAGAGGUGAGACACAAA